AUGAAUCCGGCAAACGACUUCGUAGAAGUAGCCAAAGGCCAUGAGCCUACCUCUGCCCUCCCUGGCCUUGACACGGUGCCUGGGAGCAAAGGGCUGGGUGAAUUCGACGAGAAGGGUGUCGUCUCAAGCGCAGGCUCAGUGAGCGACUCUGACACGCCCACGGAAGAAGAGCUCCACACGCUACACCGCGUGUCUGGCGCGAUCCCCUGGGUUGCCUACACGAUUGCCUUUGUCGAACUUUGCGAGCGCUUCUCGUACUAUGGCACCACCGUUGUCUUCGUCAACUUCAUCCAGCAACCGAUGCCGCCGGGGUCAACGACCGGUGCAGCUCCAGACGGCCAGCCGGGCGCGCUGGGAAUGGGACAGCGCGCAUCGACGGGGUUGACAACGUUCAACGCUUUCUGGGCCUACACGAUGCCUAUUCUCGGUGCCUACGUCGCUGAUGAGUAUCUCGGUCGCUUCAACACCAUCCUCGCCGCCAUUGGUGUUGCCCUUGUCGGGCACGUCAUCCUCAUCAUCUCUGCCAUUCCGUCGGUCAUCUCGAAUCCCAAUAGUGCCAUCGCCUGCUUUUCCGUCGGUCUUAUCAUCAUGGGAGUCGGUGUGGGCGGUUUCAAAUCUAACAUCUCUCCACUGAUCGCGGAGCAGUACCCAGACACCAGGAUGCGUGUCACUGUUGACAAAAAGACCGGUCAACGCGUCUUGAUGGAUCCUACGAUUACCAUAUCUCGGAUCUACCUCUAUUUCUACAUGAUGAUCAACAUCGGCUCGCUUGUCGGCCAGAUCUGCAUGGUUUUCGCCGAGAAGUAUGUUGGGUUCUGGCUCUCAUACACUCUGCCGACCCUCAUGUUCUGCCUAUGCCCAAUGGUUCUAUUCGCAUGCCGGAAAAAGUAUAACAGAACCCCCCCGAGCGGGUCUGUACUGGCCAAGGCGCUUCAUCUUUGGACUCUUGCCAUGAAGGGUCGCUGGUCAAUCAAUCCUGUGCGGACUUACAAGAAUAUGCGAGCAGACGAUUUCUGGCAGAAUGUCAAGCCAAGCAGGAUCGAGCCAAGCAGGCGGCCAAAAUGGAUGACAUUCGACGACCAGUGGGUUGACCAAGUGCGCCGUGGAUUCAAGGCCUGCUCCGUCUUCCUGUGGUAUCCUCUUUACUGGCUCUCGUACAACCAGACGGUUAACAACCUGACCUCCCAAGCCGCAACCAUGGAACUAAACGGCGUCCCCAAUGACAUAGUCACAAAUCUCAACCCGCUCUCCCUAAUCAUCAUGAUCCCAAUCUUCGACCGGUUAAUCUACCCCGGCUUCCGCAAAGCCGGCAUCAACUUCACGCCACUCAAGCGCAUCUUCAUGGGCUUCGUGAUGGGCAUGGUCGCCAUGAUCUGCGCCUGCAUCACCCAGCUGUACAUCUACCGGAAAUCGCCUUGCGGCGACCAAGCGAACAGCUGCGAUGAGCCGGCCCCGAUCAGCGUCUGGGUCCAGACACUUCCUUAUUUCUUCAUCGGCAUCUCGGAGAUCUUCGCUAGUAUCACUGGGCUUGAAUACGCAUUUACAAAGGCCCCCAAGAACAUGCGGAGUCUUGUCACCUCGGUCUUCCUGUUCCAAACCGCGUUCUCGAAUGCCAUUGGGCAGGGGCUGGUCGGCCUGUCGGAGGAUCCGCUGCUCGUUUGGAACUAUGGCGUUGUGGCUAUCCUCUCGGCCAUUGGCGGCAUUGGCUUCUGGCUGACGAACAGGAAACUCGACAAGGAGGAGGAUGCGUUGAAUAUGCUGCCGGAUAGCGCGUACGGUGGUAAGGGCAGGCGCCAGUCUGUGGCUCCCUGA